AUGGUGGUUACCAGGCGACUAAUCGCCUUUUUGGCGUUCAUUGUGAUAUGUGCCGCAGAUACUGACUUGGUUGAAGGACCCAUUGAUGUCAAGAAUUCGCUGCAACCUGAAUCACAACCCGAUGCAGAAGGAAGUGGAUUAAUUCGGAUUAUAAGGGGUAGUUGCUGUGGUGGUGGCUACGGAGGUCGCGGUUUUGGAAGAGGUGGUGGAUAUGGAGGUGGAUAUGGUGGCGGAUAUGGUGGCGGAUAUGGCGGCGGAUUUGGUGGUGGCGGCGGUUUUGGGGGUGGAUUUGGUGGUGGAUUCGGUGGUGGAUUUGGCGGUGGAUUUGGUGGUGGAAGAGGAGGAUACGGACGUAGAGGAGGCUAUUGUUGCGGCUAA